AAGUUUCAAGUGGAUUUUGGAGAAAAGAUCCUACUCGGAGUUAUCAAUGCUGCAUUGAACCAAGAGUACUUCUUCGUUGUUGCCAACCACAAGCUCACAAUCAUGGAAGCAGAUGAUUCUUAUACCAAACUUUUCACAACCUUUGUCAUAAUGGUUGGCCCAUGCCAAACCACCAAUGUCCUCUUGAAGGCCAACCAAAUCCCUAACCGGUACUACAUGGCAACUCGAGCCUAUCAGAGAUCACAAAAUGCAGCUUUUGACAACACAACUACAAGUGCAGUUCUUGAGUACAAGUAUGCUCCUUGCAAUGCUAAGAACAAGAAGCAGAAACCAUUCCCUUCAACUCCAAUUCUCUCACAGCUUCUGGCUUUCAACGAGACCAACACAACCUAG